AUGGUCAGCGCCAAGAAGAAAACGUCAAAGGUUGCAGAAGAUUCCCCCGCUGCAGAGGUUGCAGAAGAUUCUCCCGCUGCAGAGGAUGCAGCAGCUACGGAAGAAAAAACGCCAGUCGCUGCAGAUGCAGCAGAAUCCGCCGGUGACGGGGAAUCGGCGGCGGAAGCUAAGGCUUCCGCCGAUGAAGGGGAAAAGGCGGAAGGCGAAGAGGCGAAAUCAGCUCCCGCAGCAGAGGAAGCGGCGAAGGACGAGAACGAGGGAGAGGGGGAGGAUACCACCGGAGCUGACGCUGCUGCUGCUGGGGAUGGGGAGGACCCCCCUCCGGGAAGUCAGCUGGAGCAAGAUAUCAUCAAGGCGGAGAAGAAAGCGGGAGACAUCUUCCCUGCUGGAGCGUGCAAGAAGGAAAUCAAGUCGUUCUGCGAGGGCGUGGACGUGGGCAACAGGAGUCUGGAGCGCUGCCUCUCUGACAGCUUCAAGCUCACCAAGGCUGCUGACGCUGCUUCGGCCGAUAAGAAGUUUGGCAAGAAGUGCCUCAAGGCCAUCCGACGGUUCAAGAUCGAGGUGUACAAGGACAUUUCGAUUGACAAGGAGAUGAUGGAGGUGUGCAAGGACGACAUCUCAUCGCUCUGUGAUGAUGACUUCCUCUACCCCGAAGUCGGCAGUGUCCUCGCCUGUCUCAGGGAGGCCAAGUCGGGUGGCAAGAUAUCGGAGGCGUGUGGGCAGAAGGUGUUUGAGGCGCAGCAGGACGCGGCCAACGACUUUGUCUUGGAUCCCCAGCUGAACGAGACGUGCUCUGGGGACGUGCAGCGGCUGUGCGCUGAUGUGCCGACCGGGGAGGGGCGCGUGCAGGACUGUCUGAGGGACCACAGGAACAGCCUCAACUGGGAGUGUCUGGCGGAGCUGUUCCGGCAGGAGAUAGAGAGCUCAGAGGACAUUCGCCUCAACACUCGCCUCUUCAAAGCCUGCCUGGAGGACAAGCGCCGAUUCUGCCCCGACGUGCUGCCAGGGGAUGCGCGAGUGAAGGACUGCCUGGAGUCGCAUCUGCACGACUCUGACUUCUCCAAGACCUGCAAGGUGGAGUUUGAGCACAUGAUGGAGCGCAGGGCGUCGGACUUCCGUCUGGACUUCAACCUGCGCAAGUACUGCGCUGAGGAUAUCAGCACGACGUGCUACCAAGACGCAGAGGAUGUGGUGGACGUGGCCAACAGAGACGCCAAGGUGAUCGAGUGCCUGCAGGACUACCGGGGGGAGCUCAAGGACCCGCGGUGCCGGCAGCAGGUGCACCAGCUGACUAAGAGAGCAUCAGAAGACAUUCGCUUCAACAGGCCUCUUGCCCAGGCGUGCAAGGACGACUCCGCCAAGCUGUGCAAGGACGUGCCGCCCGGCCAUGCGCGCGUGCUGCUGUGCCUGCAGGAGCACCGGAAGGGCCUCACAGCCAACUGCAAGGAGGCGCUCUUCCAGGAGGAGGUGCGGUUUGCAGAGGACAUAGACUUCAAGUUCCCCCUCAGGCAGGCGUGCACCGACGAGAUGAAGAUUCUGUGCAAAGACCAGCCGGACGUGAUCAAGUGUCUGCAAGACAAGGUGGAGGACGCGGACAUGGGCGUAUUGUGCAAGGAGGAGGUGAAGAAGGAUAUGAAGCGCGCAGCAGAGGACUAUCGUCUCAACUUCCGGCUGAACAAGGAGUGCUUCGUUGAUGUCGAGCGUCUGUGCCUGCACUCGUGCGACGCUGCCUUGGAAACUGGCGGCACGGAGACCGGGGUGACGUGUGGGGGGGCGACUCUCAAGUGCCUGACAGAGAACGAGAGGAAACUGUCUUCUAAAACGUGCCGGCAGGAGCUGUUUUACUUCAAGAAAAGGAUGGUCGCUGAUAUCUCGCUCGAUAUCCCCUUGCAGCUGGCGUGCAAGAAUGAUGUGGAGAAGAAGUGUGGCGGCGAGAGGGACCACUCCAAGGCGCUGGCGUGCCUGCGGGCCAAGAGGGACGAACUGACAGAGGAGUGCAAGGAGGAGGAGCUGCGGUUGAGUGAGAUGGAGGCGUCUGACAUCCGUCUCACCCCCACGCUCAUGAACGCGUGUGGCCUGGAGCUCAACCAUUUCUGCCGCGGCGUGCACCCCACGACUGGGCUGGCCUUCCGCUGCCUGCAGAUGAGCAUCAACGAGGUGGGCAUGUCAGUGGCGUGCAAGGCAGAGGUGGACCUCCAGACGUUCCGCCACGCGUCUUACUACAAGCUGGAUUCCGCCCUGGCAGAGCAGUGCGAGGGGGAUGUGGACUCCUUUUGCAAGGGCGUGGACGAGGGCAAGGAGGCGCACUCCCUCGUGCUGCAGUGCCUCGUGCAGCACCAGGAAAACCUCUCUGGAAAAUGCCUGACUGAAACCGCCUACGCCGUGCGAAUGGCUCUUUGGAUGUAUCAUAAGGAUGCGGAUCUGGUCAAGCCGUGCAACCCUGUGGUGGAGGAGCUUUGCGGGAAUCGGACGGGGGUGGUUGCGGGGGAGGGAGCGGGGAAGGCGGGGGCGGCGGCGGCGGUGGGGGUGGUGGGGCAGUGUUUGCUGGAGCAGCCGAAGGAGAAGCUUGGGGAGGAGUGUGGGCGGCUGGUGGGGCUGAUUGGGCAGCCGGGCGGGCAUGUGGGCGGGGUGAUUGACACGAGCCAGCUGGAAGAGACUCUUGCACAACUCGCACAGGUACAGUUGAAGCAUGAGGUUGACGCAGAGACCGAGGGCGAGGGAGGGGGAGGAGGGAAGCUGGUGCUGACUGGUGCUACAGCCUUUGCGGCGGUUACCGCACUCACUGCGGUGCUGCUGGGUGCUGCUUACCUGGUGUAUCGCAAGUGCUUCGACCCCACCAGGAACUACACACUCAUGGUCAAGGCUGGAGAUGUUUGA